AUGGCCACAGCUAGCAUACAGACUCGAGCAAGGUGUUCAAUCGAUAGUGGUUUACCGGCAGAUUCUGCAUUUGGUCAAGAGGAUAUGGAACCCGAUGAUGUGGUUACUGAUAUUGGUCACUUGACGCUGAACGAAAGCGUAGCGCCCGAUGGCACAUCACCAAAAAAGCCCACGGAUUUGGAAGCUGCAUUGACGGCAGGACGUUUGGAUCUGGCCGACUACUUUUGGCGUGCGCAUCACACACACAACCGAGGGCAACCUUUGAUUGCAUACGACCUGAUGAAAGCAGCUAUUCAGUCUCGUCAAUUACCGGUCAUUCGUUUCCUUACGGAAAGAAAUGUCUCAGUGAACUGCACCGAUCGAAAUGGCGAAACACCUCUUCAUCAAGCUGCACAAACCGGUUGCUUGGACAUUGUCGAAUACUUGGCAACAGCUGGAGCACAAAUCGAUGCAGUUGAUUGCGUAAGUCAGUUGCAAGGAACAGGGAGGUGA